AUGAUUCCCCUCAUUUGGACGAUAUUUAUCCUCCAUAUCGCCAUCUUCCUUGUCAACACGAUUGGCGCAACGACCAUUGAUAACCUGCUAUGGCACCUCUACCUCAAACUCCCAACGUCGCUCUACAGCACCGCCCAGGAACAAAGCAAGCUGAAGCGCGAGGUCGUCCAGCUGAAGCGGGAUAUGAACAACACCAGCUCGCAGGAUGAAUUUGCAAAGUGGGCGAAGCUGCGGCGCCGACAUGACAAGGCGCUAAGUGACUAUGAGGCUCUGAACCAGAAGCUUUCCUCCCAGAAAUCGUCCUUCGACUGGUUCGUCAAAAUUGCCCGAUGGCUCAGCACGACCGGCCUCAAGCUCUUCAUCCAAUUCAGAUACUCUAAGACGCCUGUUUUCGAACUCCCCGGUGGCUGGUUCCCUUACCCCGUCGAAUGGGUUUUGGCCUUCCCUCGCGCUCCGCAGGGCUCCGUGAGCGUCCAGGUCUGGAACAGUGUGUGCGCGACGGCUGUCUCGGUUAUGGCUGAGAUUAUCACUGGGAUGGCUUUACAGGUCAAGGGAAGAGCGCAAGCUGUUCCGGCUACGGCUAGUAAGAUGCGAUGA